AUACGAAAAUACUUUAGAUUACCUCUUGUGACGCCUCUGUACCAAAAUAAUUUCAUAUAAAAACGAAUGUUAAGAUAAAUCCGGUAGUCUUUAAUAGUAUAGUGAGUCUUAAUAAACAUGUCAGCUUUGAUUGGUUUAGUAGUAGUGAUAGUUUUAAUUUUAUUCCUGGACUGGUGCUAUAAAGUUUACAAAAGGAACAAACAGCUGGAGAAAGUACCUGGACCGUGGCCUAUUCCAUUUUUUGGUUACAAGCUACCAACAAAUAUAUUUGAUUUUAAGCAUAUGUUUGACGAGCUCAUUGGAAAAUAUGGAAAAACUUGUAAAUUAUACAUUGGCGAAUCUCUUCAUAUUAUAACAUGUGAUGCAAACCUCAUAGAACAAGUAAUGAAAUCCAAUGUUCACAUUAAGAGAUCUAAAUCAUACGAUAUGGCAAAACCUUGGUUAAAAGAUGGUUUAAUUGUUAGUGCAGGCGAUAAAUGGAAACAAAGAAGAAAAUUGUGCACUCCAUCUUUUCAUUUCAGCGUACUCAAAGACUUUUUUACACUUUUCAAAAGAUCUUCAAACACUUUGAUAGAAAGACUUGGUGAACAAGCUGACAAAGGUGUCGAAAUAGAUGCAAGAGAAUUCAUAUCAAAAUUUUCUUUCGAAGUUAUUGCAGAAUCAUCGUUCGGAACAAGAAUGAAUGUACAAAACGAUGAAAGCCUAGACUACAUUAAUGCUAUCGACAAAUACACAAAAAUCGUUUCUACAAGGGCUUUCUCAGCUUGGAAACGUUUCGAUAUUCUGUUUAAACUUUUUUCCGAGGAUUUCAAAACGCAUAAGAGUUCUUUGGAUGUCAUAGAUGGGAUGUCAAAGAUAAUUAUCCAAAAUAAACGUGAUGAGUGCGAAAAUAUGAAUGUAGAUGUAGGAAAUGUACCUGAAAUUAAGAAAAAUACUAGUUUAAUAAACCAACUCAUGCACAACGCGAAACUUCCUGAUGAAGGUGUCCAAGAAGAAACAAAUAAUUUUUUGUUUGCGGGAUACGACACUACAACCACAGCUUUAUCUUUUACUUUAUUCGAAUUAUCUAAACGUUUGGAUGUACAAGAAAAAUUAUAUGAAGAAAUAAAAUCAACUGUAAACAACGAUUACAGCAAACUAACCCACGAAAAUGUAUACUCAAUGAAAUAUUUGGACCAAGUUGUGAAAGAAAUGUUAAGGUUUCGGUCUCCAAUACCUGUUAUUGAAAGAAUAUUAGAAGAAGACCUUAAGCUUGGCGAUAUAAUCUACCCUAAAGGAGUAACAAUAACGAUGCUGCUCUACUGGCUGCACCACCACGAGGAUUAUUAUCACGAUCCUGAAAAAUUUGAUCCUGAACGAUUCAAUUCCGAUAAUCCCCAACCUCCAACUUUUGCAUAUGUGCCUUUUAGUGCUGGUCCCAGAAAUUGUAUUGGUCAAAAAUAUGCCCUGAUGGAGUUAAAAACCGUUCUCACAAGAAUCAUAAUGGAAUUUGUAAUAGAACCAGUAGUUGGAGCAAAGUUGGAACUAGGUUUGGCAAUGGUUUUACAAUCUAAAUACGGAUUUCCAAUCAAGAUUAGAAAGAGAUGAUUUAAAUAAUUUCCUUAUUUAUAUAAGAUCAAAUUAUUCCCACAAAUAAUGCUAUAUACAGGGUGUCCCAAUGAAAAGUAGCCCGUUUCCAGAUCUUAUAACUUUUAAGCGCCUAAUCGUAGAAAAGUGCGGUUUUCGCUGAUAUGUGUUAUUUUGCUAUAAGCUUUGGUUUAGUGUCACAGAAAUUAUGUAUUACUACAGGGUGUUUUUUAAAAAUCUCUUUUAAAUUCACCGUAACCAAAUUUUAUCAAAUUUAUUUUGUAAAAUACAAUGUACAAAUUAUACAUUUUUGAAAAGUAGAAGAGUGUAUCUUUUAGAUGACCUAAACAUAUACAGGAUGUUCCAUUUGAUAAAAUUUUGUUACGGUGAAUUUAAAACGGGAAAUACCGCACGUUUCUAUGAUUAGGUGUUUAAAAGUUAUAUGCUCUGGAAAUGGGCUACUUUUUAUUGGGACACCCUGUAUAUAUUUGUUAAAUUAAAAUAGAUGACAGGUUUCGGCUAAUGAGCUAUUAUCAAUUCUGAAAAUAUAAGUAAAAGUAACAUAUUUUAGAGGUGUUGAUUUCUAACAUAUUGUAUAUUAUUUGUUGUUAUUUUUACUUUCGUUUUUAGACUUGAUGGUUAUUUAGGCCUGAUAUAAUUUGUCAAUAAAUAAAUGUGGAAUUGAUU